AUGGAGACACCUCCACCUCAGGGCAACGCCAUGCCAGGACCACAAGAAGACCCACCUGUCUGGACCUACCCGACUCGCUUCUGUCGAAUAUGUCGAGAAGAUGUGCCGGCUACUGUGACGCUGUAUCCUCCUGGUCUACCUAUUCAAUUCCAGAAGCCAAUAGUGGAGUACAAGAAUGAAGACGAGUCCGUCGUCACAUGCUUGACCGUCUUGUUCAUGCUUUUCGUGGUCUUCGCACUCGGCUUUGUGGCUGAUCCUAUUAUCAACAUCUACCUCGAUCCCUACGACAGUGUCGUUGGGCACGAGUCCAUUUCUGAUAUCUGGGACGAGCUGGAUAUUGUUGGUCCUGCCAGAGGACGGGUACCUCCGUGGAUGGCUCAUUUCUCCAAGGGUUUUAUCUCCAUGGGUCUGCUUGGCUUUGUGAAGACGGUGAUUCUGAAUCCAUUCCAUUGGAUCAACUUUCGAACAGGAACUUCUUGGACGAACAUGCGUCAUAACACUGGCCGAAGUCGUGCAGUUAAUAUCAGCUGGAUAGCUGUCGCCAUUGGUGUCGCGUCCGCCUUUGUCUUCUUCUAUCGCUGGGUGCAGGCCUUUGUUCAGAAAACCUUGCAGAGAAUUGGCAACAAUAUUGUCGAUACUCAGCUGACGGGAGAUGACGACGAUCUCAAGCCUCCUCCAGGCUGGAAGUUCAAAUCUCCUGUAGACCCGACUACUGGUCAAACAGACCAACCUAAUUCAACAAACUCUGCCUUCUCAGCCUCGUCUAGCAAUACAAGUUCUGCAGACCAAAAAGCUACAAGUGAUGGCGUCCAGCAAGAGAAACCUGCAUCACCACCGACUCUGCCUGGUGAGAAUCCAUCAGCAUCGUCUGAUUCCGAGAGCGCAGACACCACUCACAGCAAACAUGAUUCAGACCCUUCACAAGUACCUAUGACCGGUUCGUGGGUUUCUAUUGACAAGGUCGUCGAUGGCGAUGAAGCCGGUCUUCCAGAGGCACAUAGGCAAGGCUGGUCAUUCUCAAACCUGUAG